AUGAACGCUGGAGGUUCUGACCUGUUUGAGUCUUAUGAACAAGACUUUAGCCAAGUUGCUAGGUCUAUUGAAGUUAUAAUAAAUUCCACCAUUCCUUCACAAUCUGGAGAAAAACGAAAGACUACUAUACGAGCCGCCGAGCGUGAAAUUGAAGAGGCCGAUGAAAUUAUAGCUCAAAUGGAAAUGGAGCUGUUGAAUUUACCACAAUCAUCACGCUCACGUUGUCAAGCUAAAAUGAGGAGUUACAAGAGCAGUCUUGAUAAAUUGAAACGUGAUUUGAAAAGAGCAAGUUCUCGUGCUUCUGGACCAACAGAUCGUGAAGAAUUGCUCGCUGGUACAAAUGGGACAGAUCUUGAUAGUGCUUCGUUAGAUCAACGUGCUCGACUUUUAUCUGGAACCGAACUUUUGGCUGAUAGUAGUCGUAGAUUACAGGACAGUCAUAGAAUUGCCUUGGAAACUGAAACGAUUGGUGCCAAUGUUUUGGAGGAUAUUCGUAGGCAAAGAGAUCAAAUCUUACACACUAGGAAUACUUUAAUGGAAGCGGAUUCUUACAUUGAUAAAGCUCAACGUACCCUCAAGGAAGAAGGAUCAGGGUCAUCAGAACAGGAAUAUACUAGACAAGAUUCAGAAGAGGAGGAGGAAGAAGAAUCAAUUACUCAAAACAAUCAAGAAUCUGAUGAUUCUGAUUCGGUUUCCUCUGAGGAAGAAGGCGAAGACGGUGAAGAAGUUGCAUUAGACGAUUUAUCUGACCAAGAAAUCGACGAAGAUAUCAUACCUCAACAACAUGUAACAAUAAAUAACAAGUCAGCAUUAAAAAAAAUUCAACAAGAAAUUAAACUUGAUUUACCAUGGAUUGAAACUCAAGUGAUAACGUCUUCAGAACCGAUAGUCAUCAAAGACAUCAAUAACGAUCAAGCACUUGAAGCAGCUACAGAAGGACGCAAAAAAGUUGUAGAAUCAGGUGUAAUGUUCUCUAGACCUGAUGAUUAUUUUGCUGAAAUGGUAAAAUCUGAUGAACAUAUGACAAAAGUACGUCAAAAGUUAAUUAAUGAAGAACAAAUGAUCAAAGUAAGCGAAGAUGCUAAACGCCAACGUGAAUUAAAAAAAUUUAGUAAAAAAGUUCAAAUUGAACGUUUACAAGAGCGUCAAAAACAAAAAAGGGAAGAUUUAGAAAAAAUUAAAGCUAUGAAAAAGAAAAGGAAAGGUGUUGAAGAUACGGCUGUGGAUGAUGAUUUUGAAAUUGCCCUUGAAGAAGCUGCUGCUGAAGAUGAUAGACCUCCGAAUAAAAAGCAAAAAACUAGCAAAAAAUCUAAACGCACCUAUAAGGAUAGUAAAUUUGGAUUUGGAGGAAAGAAGCGUCAUGCUAAAACAAAUACAGCCGAAUCCUCUGGUGAUUUAACAGUGUUUGGUGGAGGAGGGAAGCCUAUGAAAAAAUCAUCAUUUAAACCAAAGAAGAACGUUACGAAGACGCGUCCCGGCAAAGCUAGACGUCAGGCUUCAAGGAAUAAAAAGCGAUAG